AUGCAGAAAGACUCAAAACUGCGUAAAGUGUGGGCAAUAGCAAAGCCGGGAUCGUUAGCCAACUUGCGCCUUGAGGACGAAAUACUCUCUCCUCCUCCGGCACACCAUGUACAAGUCAAAGUUCGUGCUAUAGGACUUAAUUUUGCUGAUAUAUUUGCCAUUUUAGGACUCUAUUCCGCUACUCCCAAGGAGAGAUUCAUACCGGGAUUCGAGGUUGCUGGCAUAGUAGAAGCGGUUGGGGCGGGAGAAGAACAAAGUCAAUGGUUAGGCCAGAGGGUGUAUUGCACCACACGCUUUGGAGGAUACGCGAAUUAUAUCAAUGCCGACGUUCGUUAUGUUAAAAUAACUCCAGACUCGUGGACUGAUCAGGAAGCAUGUGCUUUUACGGGUCAAGGAAUGACAGCAUUCUACGCUUUACGCGAGCUCGGAAAUCUAUACACGCAAUAUAAGAAUCCUCGUCAAAAGACUGUGCUUGUACAUUCAGCAGCCGGAGGCGUAGGUCUGCUCGCACUCGCCAUACUCGCGAAAGCAUCUGCAAAAGUUGUCGGAACAGUGGGUAAUCCUAGCAAGCUCGAACUCCUCGACUCAAAGUAUGGCGACAAUCCCAACUUUAAAUUUAUCCUUCGAUCUCCUGCUCGAGAUUUCGAAUCGCGCGGAAGAGAUGCACUACACGCCGUAGAUCCAGAUGCAGAUGGGUUUGAUAUCGUGUUGGAUAGUAUCAUGGGAGAUUGGUUCUGGCCAAAUCACAAUUUGCUGAAUAAGGCGGGUCGUCAUAUAGUCUUUGGAUCAGCUAGCUUUACUCCGAGCCAGACCGCUUUGAGCAUUAUGGAGUGGCUAAAGUUGGCGUGGAAGUCGUUAUGGAAACCAGUGUUGGACCCCAUGUGUUUAAUCAAGAGUAACAAAUCGGUUCUUGGAUUCAAUCUUAUCCAUAUUUAUGAUCAAGACGACGUACUCAAUUCCAUAUUCGACGACUUGAAUGGUUUGCGUCUGGAUCCGCCUCACGUUGGACACGAGCUUUCUUUUGAAAAUGCACAUGAGGCAAUAUCACUAUUACAGUCAGGCAAAACCAUUG